UGACCCAGGAAUGGAACCCGUGUCUCCUGUGUUUUCUAUAUUGCAGGCAGAUUCUUUACCUGCUGAGCCAUCAGGAAAGCAAAUGAAGGAAGCCUGAAUUCAACUAAGUGGAGGAAAUGAGGAGUCCUUAGAAUCAAGUGAAGUAAGCAGAAGGAAGUUCCAGGACCAGGAAAGGAUCACUUCCAGGAAUACAUUAAUUUGAGAUGUGAAGUCUAUGAUUGGAAUUUGAGUGACAAUCUGGAAAAAUAGAAGAAUCCCAGUUCCAGUCAUUUUCUAAGAACAGAAGAAAAUGACCACGGUCCAGGGAUCAUUAUUGUUUGAAGAUGUGGCUGUGGAGUUCACCUGGGAGGAGUGGAGGCUACUAGACCCUGCUCAGAAGGACCUAUACCAGGACGUGAUGCUGGAGAACUACAGCAACCUGCUGUCUGUGGGGUAUCGAAGUCCGAACAAGUUGAAGCAAGGAGACAAACCAUGGAUAGAAAGGGAAAGUAUCCAUGAUCCAGAAGUUGGUGAUCCUAUGCAGCAAUCCUUGGAAAUCCAAUACAAGCAUAAAAAUAUGGAAAGAGGCCAUGAAUUCAGUUCUUUGGGAAAUAUUUUUUGUCUGCAUGGAAAUCUUGUUACUUUAAGGCAAAGCCAUGAGAAGUUUGACAUACUGAAUUCUAAUUUAGAUUUAGUUAACCAGAAUAGAAGCUCCAUGGCAAAAAAUCCUGACAAGUUUAAUAAAUAUGAGAAAUCAUUUCUUCAUAGUAAGCAUGAAAAACAUUACACUGGAAUUAAAUGCAAUAAACAUGGAAACACUCUCCGCACCAAUUCAAAACUCAGUAUACAUCAGAUUGAAAAAGGAAAGAAACAUGAGUGUGUGGAAUGUGGUAAAAUCUUCAUCAAAAAGUCUCAACUCACUGUACACCAGAGAACACAUACAGGAGAGAAGCCGUAUAAAUGCCUUAAAUGUGGUAAAGCCUUCUGUAGAAAGGCAGAGCUUAAUAUACAUAUGCAAGUUGAACAAGGAAUAAAUCCCCACGCGUGCAGUGAGUGUGGGAAAACCUUCUCUAGGAAGUCUCAGCUCCUUGUACAUCAGAAAACUCACAUAGGAGAGAAACCAUAUAUGUGCAGUGAAUGUGGGAAAGGCUUCAUCCAGAAGGGUAACUUCCUUAUACAUCAACGAAUUCAUACUGGAGAGAAGCCCUUUAGAUGCAAAGAGUGUGGUAAAGCCUUCAGUCACAAGCCAUGUCUCGUUGCACAUCAAAUAUUUCACACUGGAAAUCCUCCCUAUGUAUGCAGUGAGUGUGGAAAAGCCUACUUUCAGAAGUCAAGUCUCGUUAAACAUCAAAGAGGUCACACAGAAAAGUGCCACAAAUGCAAUGUGUGUGGGAAAAUCUACUCCACAAAGUUCAUACUUAGCAGACACCAGAGAGUCCAUACAAGAGAGAAGCCCCGUGGGUACAGCAGCUGUGGGAAAGCCUUCUGCCAUAAGUCCUCCCUCACUAAACAUAAGAGAACUCAUACAAAAGAGAAACAUGUCGAUUCAGUCAAGGUGGAAGAGGAUUCCUUGGAGAGCCAUGACUCAUGUGCCACAGAACCCAAACAGGAGAAAACCUCUGUUGAGACAGUGACAAUGCAGGGGCCUGCUAUGGCAGUGCAGGCAUCAUUAAACAUCCAUGGGUUCCUUGCCCAAGGGAAUGUGGUUCUUGUGGGAGAGCCUGUGGCCAGACGUGUCCCCUCAGGAGAUGGCAGAGAGUUUUCACAGGAGAGGAACCUCAUGAAUGGGGGUGUGGUACUGCCUUCAGUUACCAAUUAUGUCUUCUUUUAUGUCACAGGAAACAUGUAAGGAGGAGUGCAUUCAAUGUGGACCAGCCUUUGGAGCAGACUUUAGCUUUUUAUGUAGUUGAAAACUCUCACUGAGAGAAUGCUAAUGAAUGCAGUGAUAAUGGAAAGGUCAAUCAGUCAGUCAGUGUUAGUCGCUCAGUUGUGGCUGACUCUUUGUGACCCCAUGGACUGUAGCUUGCCAGGCUCCUCUGUCCAUGGAAUUCUCCAGGCAAGAAUACUGGAGUGGUUGCCAAUCCCUUCUCCAGAGGAUUUUCCCAACCCAGGGAUCAAACCUGGGUCUCUCACAUUGCAGGCAGAUUCUUUACCAUCUGAGCCACUAGGGGAGCCCAGUACAAAGAUAUACCUCAUUAAAUAUCAGCAGCUCUUAGUAGGUUGAAUAGUAGCGAGCUUGACUUCAAAAGCAUCAUAAAUUCACAUCAGAAAGAAAUUUUGGGAAGGCAAAUAUGUCCAUAAGACCACCCUCAUGUUCGAUUAUUCUCUGAAAGCACUGACUCAGAAACUAAAAAACCCCACAAAAACCUCAAAAACUCAAAAAAGAAAAACUCAAGAGCUGCUAUACUUAUGGUUACAGGUUAUGAUGGUGAAAAGUUACAAAUUAGCAAAUCUAAAAUGUGCUUAAGGCAGACUUUAGGAGAAACCAGGUACAUCCAGUUGUCCUCCCAGUGGCGUUCGUUGUAUGGACUGUAAUUCUGUGAGCAACUCAUGUGCAUAUUGCCAGCCAGAGAAACUCACCUGAGCCUUAGUGCCUAGGGACUUGGGAUGGGGUUUCAGUAAAGGGGCUCCUUAUGCUAGCAUGGAGAAACCACAUGGCUGACUUUAGUUUUUCAAACUCUAGCCUCCUUAAAGUCAAACCAAUACAGCAUGGCCCAGACCCCCAGGCAAACAAAAGCAAGUGUUCACCAAAAAUCAUAUUGCUGGCAUAAACUGUAUGACAUGGUUCAAACCCCAGGUAUGUAAAGAUGCUCUCGGCAGGCAUCUUUCCAAGGGCUUAGAGGUUCCCUCUCAGGUGCAGAUCAAAAGCCAGUCCUUUCUUUGGAAUGUACUGGGUCUGAACACCCUCAACCUGCCAAGUCAGCUUCUAAUUUGCAUACCAGUGAAAACGGUAAGGUUUUUAAUAACAUUGUUCCUCAUCAUGUGUCAGAAAUAAAUGUCUAUGGAUACACGAAAUGUGUAGAACCUUUAGCAGAAUGGCAGCCAAUCUCAUAAAGGAGAUAAGCUUGUGAUUGCAGUGGAAAUUUGGAAACUUGUUGAUGUAAAACUACCCUCAUUUUCCAUCAGAUUAACACCCUUAAUAUGUGUGUGUGUGUGUUUUCAUUUUUUGGCUGCACGCCACAGCUUGUGGAACUUUCCUGACCAGGGAAUCAAACCCAUGCCCCCUGCAGUGGAAGCAUGGAGUCUUAACCACUGGACUGCCAGGGAAGUCCUUAAUGUGUAGUUUGAUAGAUAAGGACUUGAACUCUUUCUCAUUGCUAGGGAAUGACUCCAUAACUCACCUGAUGAUGGUUCAUAGGCAGUGUCACAUUGUACCUAUUAUAUCUAAAUCUUUGGUCACCUUUGUUAGAUUCUUUUAGAAGCAAGUUGCUAGGCCAGCCCACCCUCAAUGGGAGAGUUGCACAUCUCUGAGGGCCUUCUUAGAGUCAACCAACCUACCUGAAUAAUCAUCAGGGAAAAAGAUAUUCUUUGUGGAAAGUUGCCAUGGUUUCCUGUUUAAACAGCGCUUGAACAGAACCUGGUGCUCUCUGUUCCCCUCACCCCCACCCCCAACCCCACCUUGAUCCAGCCUGGCUAUGUAGAGCCAGCCUUCUGCCACCGCCUCAGGGCACCCUUGGACCACUCCCAAGGUGUCUGCUGCUGCUCCAGUGCAGUGAGCCGCUGCCUCAGCCCCCUGAUGUGACCACCGUGUACCCC